ACGAAGAAGACGCUCUGCGUGUCUCGUUCAGUCACAAACAUGGCUCAAGGAUCCAAGAAGUUCAAAGCUCAGCGGCCUGGAGCCACAAAAAAACCACACCAGAGCAAGCAGAAAGGACCAAAGAAGGGGGGGAGGAUCAUUGCACCCAAGAAGGCUCAAGUGGUUGAACAACAGAAACUGAAGAAGGGUCUUGAGAUUGCCAUCAGGAACAAGAUCGAGCAUGAGGUGACCCAGAGGGCCAGUUCCUCCCUCCACAAGCCUCUGGCUGUGAUUAAAGGGGCUGAUACCAAACGAGACCCAGGAGCCUCCCGUCCUGGAUCCAGUUCCAAAUAGGACCAUGUUCCACCCAAGACUUUAAAUCUCAUGGAUACAGCAAAGUGGGGGAAAAAAAGUUUUAAAAAGACAUUGGGUUUUGUAAUUACAUGUCAAAUAAGCUUCUGUCAUCCUUUUAGAUUAUUGUAUGCUGUAACUGCAUUAUAAUAUGUAAUGGAUUGUAGGAGCUUGCUAUAUAAAACACAAAUGUAAUAGUC